AUGGCUGUGGACGCAGCUUCCCAUUUCAGCUUCUGCCGUAAUGUCCUGGACCAUGCUCUAUCUGCAGAGGAGCUCAGCUGCAGGUUGCAGGGAGAUGCUGAUAAUCUUGGCUGGAAUGGUGGCAAAGGUCAACGGAUGGCUGGAGGCAGGAGUGUCAAGCUUUUGCAACAACCGGGAACAGAGGGCUUCCAGACUGGAUCGAGUGAUGGGUACAGCAGUUUUCACACAAGCCCAACCUUCACGAGAUCGUCCAAGCCUGUGGUUUUGUGGACCCAGCAAGAUGUUUGCAAAUGGCUGAAGAAACAUUGUCCACACAAUUACCUGACCUUUGUGGAGGCUUUCUCACACCAUGCUAUAACAGGGCGAGCACUGCUGAGGCUCAAUGGUGAAAAGCUGGAGCGGAUGGGCAUAAUCCAGGAAGGUCAAAGGCAGGAGGUGCUUCAACAAGUUCUUCAGCUGCAAGUACGAGAAGAAGUGAAGAACCUACAACUACUUAGACAAGCUUCAUAUGAAACCGGCUCCUAG